UUUUUUUUUUUCUUUCAUUCUUAUUUCUUAUUUUGUAAUUUAUUCAUGGCAAAACAGGAUAUAAUAACUGAUGACGUGACAAAGACAGAAUAUAAAGACUGUUUACCGUGCAAGUUAACUGGAGCAGCAGCGUUUAGUGGAUUAGGUGGAUAUGCAUUACAUGAAGCUUGGAAACUGAAUAAAAAACCUGGUAAAUUGAAUACAGCAGUUGGAGUUGGUGUUAUUGGUGUAGUAUUUAUAUCAGCAGGACUUUAUAGAUUAGCAAUAUGAAUAUAUAGUUUAAAAUAAUAAAAUAGUUACGUUUUAUUACAUGUGGGUUGAUUCGAUAUCCGCAAUAAACUAUAAAAACUCUUUUUUUUUUU